AUGCUUCAACCAAUCCACCUGGCGCACACGCCGGCUGAUCUAACCCUCUAUGUCGCCGUGUACCGGGAAGUCGAAAAUGCGUCGAGUCUCAAGCAGCAGUUGCUCGCCGGCAAUACAGAGUUCGAGUACGCCUUCAUCGACGCCAGCAUGAUACUCUCAACCAAACAAGCCCUGGCAGCCGUCUUCCGCGCCAUCAACGACUAUCUCAACCACCGGCUCAAGUCGCGCAACAUCCACUCGGAGAUUGUCUUUUGCCUGAGCCCCAACAACAACAUCGGUGAAGCAUUCCGGCGGUUUGGCGUUUCCGACGCCACGAAAGACUUACUGGUCAUAAAGGUCGCCACCACGCCCGACGUCACGUUGGAGAGCGUUGGCCGCCAUCUAUCGACGCACGUCCAGGGCCAGGAGAGUCCUUUUGACGACGCCACGUUCCGUGCGACCGCAGAUCUCGAUCGGAUUCGGAAAGUGUACAAAAUCUCCAGUCUCGCCCCCAAGGCGACAGGACGGAAGCCCAGCACCACUUCCAAUGGCAUCCCCAACGGCGAGAACAUGGACGCAACGAAGAAUUUGGAGGUUCAGAUCCUCGGUCUCAUGGCUCUCAGGGGCGCGACUUGA